AUGGCAAUGGAGGGAUUCACUGGAGUUAUAAAGAAGUUUGAAGUGGAUGGGAAUAUCACUCUUCUUCCUAGAUGCAAAGUUGUUCAGUUGUCCCAUCUUAUUUUUGCAGAUGAUCUAAUGAUCUUUGUAAAGGCUGUCAGUGACUCAGUUAUAGCUAGUUUGGGGGCUCUAGAUGAGUUUGCUUUCUUCUCUGGGUUGCAUAUCAAUAGGCCUAAAUCCUCUAUUAUUUUAGGGGGCCUUACUCAAACUAGUAGUAUGCAGCUCUUGGAAUUAACAGGUUUUAAGGAAACCAAGUUACCAAUAAGGUACCUUGGGGUCCCCCUUGUUGCAGGAAAGCUUACUCUUGGAGAUUGCAACCCUAUUCUGGACCUGAUCUGGAAGAAGCUUGAAAGAUGGAAAUCUAGCUUUCUCUCUUAUGCUAGAAGUUACAAUAGAUCUCAUAAGUUCUCCAAGGAUGCUAUAUAUAUUGGUCAGGAAUAUUUUCCCUUCCAGGAGGAAGGGGGAUUAGGGUUAAAGCGUGUCAAGGAGAUGAAUGUUGCUGGUAUUAUGAAACAAAUAUGGUGUAUUGCUUCUCAUAAAAAGAGCAUAUGGGUGAAGUGGAUUUAUAAGAGGUAUAUGGAGAAGGAUAUUUGGUCUGUGAAGGCUACUAGUGAUGCUUCUUGGGUAUGGAGGAAGAUUCUGAAGUAUAGGGAUAAAAUGGAAUAUUUUAUCAUGCAUAUUGUUGGCAAUGGAAUAUCCACUAAUCUAUGGUUGGAUAAUUGGCAUCCAAAGGGUAUUCUCAUUAAAAUAUUUGGAGACAGGAUAAGGUAUGAUGCUGGAUUAUCUCAUCUUGCUACAAUUGAUGAAAUCUUAAAAGAUGGAGCAUGGCUUUGUACUCUGGAUACAACAUUACAACUCAUGGAAACUUGGGGAGGUCUUCAAUCUAUCCCUAAACCUCACUAUGCUGAAUAG